AUGGAAGCGAUUGCACACCGUCAUGCUUGUCCUGUUUGCCGACUCCAAGUAAGCCCCCAAAACGUUGUGCGACUAUACUUGUCCCUUGCUGAGCAAGUUGCUCGUCAUGACAACUCGGAAUGCAACGUUACCCACCGCAUCGAGCCAACGAAUGCAUCGCGUCUUCCUGAGCGUUUGCGAGAGAUGAAAGGCGAGCUGGACCGUGCACACCGAAUCCAACGCAUGACUUCAAAACAUUCAUUCCGGCUGGAGAACGCUGUGGUGCGUUUGAAGCAAAAGCUCGAGCAGACCACGCGUCGGAUGCAACACAUCCAGCGCGAAUUGGAAGGUGCAAAAGCUCAGCUGCAGAUUGAUCCUGUUGCUAAGCAAGUGAUGAACAGAGUUGAGUUGCGUAGCUAUCAAUACUCCGGCGGCUGGAAGGCCGACAAUAUCGAAGGAGCACUGCUCCGAGCAGGUGGUGACCGGGUCACUGACCUCAGCCCGAAGAUGAAGAGCCUGGAAGCAUACGGAGCGCUAUGCUGUAUAAAUCCUUCCACUCGCUCACUCGCAUCCGAGUAUCCUCCACUGUUCGUGUCCCUCCCAACCGCCCUGGUCCCUAUCUCAGCUCCGCUGUGGAUGCUACUCUUUGCCCCACCCAAUCCCUCGUCCUCCUGCAUGAAGAAAUCGGACAAUCCCGACGUCGUCGACAUGAGCACAGCGUGGCUUGAGCAUGCGGCAGACCAGCCGCGUCCAGAUGCACAGCCCGUAGCUCUACCGGCACUGCAACUCGCCGCCAACCGGCACCGACUAGCAGCCAUCAUGAAUGCAGAAGACGUCGCCACGGCUGCUGCUGCAGCAGCUAUUGUUGGUCGUGCGACAGCUGUGGGUGCUAGGAAGAGCUCACUCGCGUUCAUUCUUGGGGGCAACACGGACGAGGACCGAACCUCUUCGACUGGCCCAAGCUUUGGUGUCUCCACAACGGAGAACCGAGCAGCCAAUGUGCCGACGCCAACGGCUGCACCGAAAGCUUCAGUGAAGAAGUCUCGUAUCUGCAAGUUUGAGAAUUGUACUCGCUACGUGGUAAACCGUGGACUUUGCAUUGGUCACGGCGGCGGAAAGCGAUGCGCAGUUGUGGGGUGCACGAGCAGUGCUAAAAAUUUGGGAGUGUGCUGGAAACACGGUCGCAAAUGUAGCGAGGAAAACUGCACUAAGACGGCAGUUUCCCACGGUCUCUGCUGGGCUCACGGAGGAGGCAAGCGAUGCGUCGUGGAAGGAUGCCGUAAGCCUGCAUACGAGCGCAACGGCAACAUGCGGCACUCUGAUGAAGAGUCUGCCCGAGCAGCGAAAUGGGAGACACCAUCGACUAAAGUCGAGCUCAACACUGCGUACGUCACGUACUACGUGAUGGUUUAUUUGGAAGAAGUUCGAACAUGA